UAUUUUUCCACCAUUAUUAUUCCGCUCUUCGUCAACUCGCGUUCGACUUACAUUCAACAAUAUUUGUGCGGAAAAAUGUCACCGGUUUUCCACGGCGUACACAACAAUCACGUUAACGAGUGCAUUUUCCUUUUCAGAUGUUCUCCCUUUGAGAGACGUCCUCCUGACAAUAGAGCCGAAAGUGGUACAACGCUCGAGUCACUCAACAUUGCGCUGCUCCUACGAUCUGAGAAACAACACGCUUUAUUCAGUGAAAUGGUACAGAGGCCGAUACGAGUUCUAUCGGUACACUCCCAGCGAUUCGCCGAAAACGAAGGUUUUUCCUGUUAGGGGAAUCAAUGUCGAUGUUCAUAAUUCGAACUCAACUCAAGUGGUAUUGAGAGACAUCGAUUUCAUUGUGUCAGGAAACUUCAGCUGUGAAGUAACUUCGGAUGGUCCACAGUUUCUGACGGGAAUUGAUACAAAAGUUAUGUCGGUUGUACAAUUACCUGAGGAUCUUCCAACAAUAAGAGUGGAAGGGGAGCCUUUAGACUACGGUGAUAGCAAAAAUAAUAGCGAUUCACGUAGCGUACUUAGCAUGAGAUCGUAG